CGGCGCGCAGGGACAAGUAGUUUACAUUGUUGGGCGACUUUUGCAACAACUCGCCGCGCCGCGGCCUCCGCGCGCCGCCGCCGCCGCCGCCGCCGCCGGCUCCCGCCGCCCGGGCCCGGCCGGCCGCGCCGGGGGCCGCCGCGCUCGCUACCGGGCCGCGCUGGCCGCCGACAUGGACACCAAACAUUUCCUGCCGCUCGACUUCUCCACCCAGGUGAACUCUUCGUCUCUCAACUCCCCCACAGGGCGGGGCUCCAUGGCUGCCCCUUCCCUGCACCCCUCACUGGGGCCUGGCCUUGGCGCUUCUCUGGGUUCCCCGGGACAGCUGCACUCGCCCAUCAGCACCCUGAGCUCCCCCAUCAAUGGCAUGGGCCCGCCCUUCUCCGUCAUCAGCUCCCCCAUGGGUCCCCACUCCAUGUCGGUGCCCACCACACCCACCCUGGGCUUCGGCACAGGCAGCCCCCAGUUGAGCUCGCCCAUGAACCCUGUCAGCAGCAGCGAGGACAUCAAGCCCCCACUGGGUCUCAACGGCGUUCUCAAGGUCCCCGCGCACCCCUCAGGGAACAUGGCCUCUUUCACCAAGCACAUCUGUGCCAUCUGUGGUGACCGCUCCUCAGGCAAGCACUACGGUGUGUACAGCUGUGAGGGCUGCAAGGGUUUCUUCAAGCGGACCGUGCGCAAGGACCUGACCUACACCUGCCGGGACAACAAGGACUGCCUGAUCGACAAGCGGCAGCGCAACCGCUGCCAGUACUGCCGCUACCAGAAGUGCCUGGCCAUGGGCAUGAAGCGGGAAGCCGUGCAGGAAGAGCGGCAGCGCGGCAAGGACCGAAAUGAGAACGAGGUGGAAUCCACCAGCAGUGCCAAUGAGGACAUGCCCGUGGAGAAGAUUUUGGAAGCCGAGCUGGCCGUGGAGCCCAAGACCGAGACGUAUGUGGAGGCAAACAUGGGGCUGAACCCCAACUCGGACUCAGAUGGCAUGUGCGUCACUCCCUGCAUGGGUGGCGGUGACUCUGUCCUGUCUCUGCAGCUCACCUGGGGACCCUCCUCUAUGAAGCCUAACGACCCCGUUACCAAUAUUUGCCAAGCGGCGGACAAGCAACUAUUCACGCUGGUGGAGUGGGCCAAGCGCAUCCCACACUUCUCUGAGCUGCCGCUGGACGACCAGGUCAUCCUGCUCAGGGCAGGCUGGAACGAGCUGCUCAUCGCCUCCUUCUCCCACCGCUCCAUUGCUGUCAAGGAUGGGAUCCUGCUGGCCACCGGGCUGCACGUGCACCGGAAUAGCGCCCACAGUGCGGGUGUGGGUGCCAUCUUCGAUCGGGUGCUGACGGAGCUUGUGUCCAAGAUGAGGGACAUGCAGAUGGACAAGACGGAGCUGGGCUGCCUGCGAGCGAUCGUUCUCUUCAACCCUGACUCCAAGGGGCUCUCAAACCCCGCUGAGGUGGAGGCGCUGCGGGAGAAGGUGUACGCGUCACUGGAGGCCUACUGCAAACACAAGUACCCCGAGCAGCCUGGGAGGUUUGCCAAGCUGCUGCUGCGCCUGCCUGCCCUGCGCUCCAUCGGCCUCAAGUGCCUGGAACACCUCUUCUUCUUCAAGCUCAUCGGGGACACACCCAUCGACACCUUUCUCAUGGAGAUGCUGGAGGCCCCCCAUCAGAUGACUUAGGCUGUAGCGCCCCCUGCCUGUCUGUCCUGGCCGCCAGCCACCAGCUGCCCUGCCCAGCCGGCUGUUUUCCGCCUCUUCUGUCUGGCCCGCCUGGACUCUGGAGUGCAGCCUGAGAGAUGUGUGGCCCCCCCCCCCAUUGUUUAAAUACUACUCGUUUCUGGACAUGGGCACAGUGGCUUUUCCGAGGAGGCCUCCAGAGAGGCGAGGGCUGGGGUGACAGCCAGUAGGGCCCUCCAGAGAGGCCUUGCCCCCCCUCCUGCUUCCCCCGCCCUGCUCCCAGGGCUGCAGCACCUGGCAAGUCAGCUUCGCUUUGGUCGCUGUUUGUUGUUGCUGGUUUAGGAAAUCCGUGAGCAGCGGCCCCUCCUCAUCAUGUGGGUGUGUGUGGGGGGGCAUCUUCAGGAUGCAAGUCCACCAGGAUCAGAUGGAUGGGAGAAGUGGGGGGAUGGUGUUAUCUGGCAGAAGGCCCACCUGUCUGUCCCCCAAAAGAUUUGAGGGGCCUCUGGGGUGGGCAGAUAUGAGUGUGAGCAUCCUCUUUCCAAAGAUGACUCAUAUUCUCACCCUCAAGUCAGUUGGAACAGGAGCUGACUCUGUGCAGGGUUUGGGGGUGGGGGGCACAAGGCUGUAGGGAUGGGUCACUCACCCAGCCUGCCUCAGUUUCCUCUGUGUGUCAUCUUGGUUUCAGCUUCUUCCCUACAUAGCCCCGUCCGACACAGGACCAGACCCUGCACCCCGCCUGCCCCCCUGCCUGCACCUCUUCCCUCCAUCUCUGAGCACAGCCACAGCUCAUCCAGCUCCUGGCCUGACUGGAAAUUGGACUCUGGGGGUGUACAGGAAUGGGUGGGAGACCCCAGAGGGCCUUUAGCUGCCAUGCACUUUGGGAGGGGGCUUUGAGUGAGACCGUGGCAGCUGAGAGAGGUGUCUCGAGCCCUCAUCUAUGGCUGAUAUUCUUAAAGACUGUUGAAGACCAGAGCAGGGGUGGACCACGUCUUGUCCUCAGCACAUGGGAUUGUGGGAGCUGUCAAGGAUCUCACAACUAGCAUUUGACACCAAGUGAGGGACACAGGGAGGGUCCUCUCUCAGCCUAGAGGCUGAUUCUGCUCCUGCUGCCCCAAAGCCUGGGGAGUAGCUGCCUGCCCCCCAACAUCUCUGCCCAGUGUGCAUAGGGUCUCCUGGAGGCUCUCCUUGGGGGAACCCAGGGGCCUGGGCCAGGAGGAAAGGAGGCUGGUAAAGAACUCUCCUCCUAGGUCUUCCAGGAGCCCUUGCCAGAGCCCAGCCCAGGCAGCUCGGCAGAGGCUGAGGGUCACAGCUCCCCAAACCCUUGUGGUCACCCCACUCCUCUCAUCCACCAUUUGUGGCAGAGAAGGGGUGCUGGAACCUGCUCAGCUGUACCUCCCAGACUCUCCCCGGAAGUAUUAGCAGCCUUUGGGGGUCUGACUAGGUCAGAGACACAGGCCUUUCUGGGGGGUACACAUCGAUGGGAGUGCUAGAGAUCACCCCACCCCCAACACCCCGGUGCCUUCUGUAGCCAGAUGCAUUUCCAUCUUCAUACCCAGCCCUGCCCACACCACCACCCCCUGCUCCGUGGGUCCUGGCCUGGGCUGGCUGGCUGCUGGGAGCUGCUGGCCCUGGCUGGGUGUCUGGAAAGCACUGAGGCCCCAGUCCCUCUCUCCGGAGGCCCUGGCCACUCAGCCCCCCAGCCCUAGGCCUUGCCAAGUCACCACAUAUGAGCUGUUUGUUCGGGAAGGUGGCCAGCCGGAAGUGGGGCACCCCUGGGCUAAGAGAGAGGCAGAACUUCUAGUCCUGCGGCCAAUCUGGUUCAAUCAAGGUGAUUUUUUUUUUUUGUAGUUGUAAUUGUUAUUAUGGUGGGACAAUCUUUAAUUUUCUAAAGAUAGCACUAACAUCGGCUUGUUAACCACCCCGUGCCUGUCUACCACUCUGGCUCUACUUUCCCUUCCUGGGCCCUUGGCCCCUCCCCCCUUGAAGGCCUCAACACGGUCUAGGGGCUGAGGAGUGAAGACCACAGUUGCUGUCCCCGGGAAGCUGGCCCUCUGGCUGCCGCACCUGCAAGCAUUCAGCCUCAGGGAGAGACGCCCCCUCGGUGUCCCAAGUCACAACAUUCCCGAAGGAUUUGGAGCUGAUACCAGAGGCCCCGGGAGGACCUGGCCAGAUGGGCUGCCAGUGGCUAAUCAGCUGAUGUUGUCCCCAUCAUGGAAUCCGGGCUGCCAGUGCCCCCCCCCACACCCGAGGGAACUGGCACCGAAUGUGUGUCUGUACAGAGACUGUCGCCUUGGUGUGUGGACCGGCGACCAACGUUGCGUGUUUAUUUUUAAUCAAGACUUUUUUCCCCCCUAUAAAUUUGCUUCGUGUAAGCAAGUUACCUGAGGACCCCUCUUUUGGUGAAAUCCGGGUUCGAAUGAAUAUCUUGAGGCAAGGAGAUGCAUCUAUUUUCAGAUGCUUUGGAGAAGAUGCUUUUGCCGUCCCCGCCCUCGCCAUGCCUUAGCCGGGCCGCGCAGCUCACACUUUAGAUAGGGAUGACACAUCCACACACAAGUGUACAGAUAAGAGGAAAAUGUCUAACGCAUUGGGAAAGGUAAAAAAAAAAAAAAAAAGAAAAAGAAAAAAAUCUAUUUUUGUACAAAUGUAAUUUUAUCCCUCAUGUAGUCUGGGGCGAUGUGGCGGGGGUGGGGGGAUGGAGAUGGUUUUGUUUCUGCUGAGAGCUGGAGGGGGCACUUGUCUGACCUCCUGCCUGCCUGCUGGGAGGGGCUGGGGCACGGGCUUUGUGCCCAACAGCAGGUCCUCCCCCAAGGGUGGGGAGGCCGGAGGGAGCUGACCCCUCCCGGGGGCCUCCUUCCCCUUUGGAGUCAUCUCGCAGACCUCUUGCUCUGCCCUGUCCUUGCCGCCCGCCCGCCCGCCCGCCCGCCCGCCCGCCCGCCUCCCUGAGACUGUGAAGUUCCUUCCUGCGUGAUUGUUCUCUGCACCAGUGUGGUCCCUGGUGCCCGGGCCUGAUGGACAGUGGGAUUUGGAGGGUGGAAAAAAGUGAGUUGGAGAAAAGCGUGAGAGGAGAAACAAAAUAUGAGCGUUGAAAAACCCA